UCAAAUCGCCCGUCAAAAUCAAAAGUGACAUACCUAAAAUAGAAUAUAUUUCAAAAUAUAAUGAAAUCAACCAGAAAGAAACGAAAAAUGAUACCAAAUAAACGUAAAAUGAAGAAACCUAAGUAUAUUAAAGAAAAACCUCCAUCACUGGACCCAAUGAAUUCGAAACACCCUUCAGUAACAAAAAAUAGAUACACCGUGAGAAGUUAUGAGCAAUGUCAUGAUAAAUUUCUGACCUAUGACCAAAUAAAAGAAUUUCUCAUCAAAAUGGCCACGAAAUACCCAUCUAAAAUCGAAUUACAAGUGAUAGGUAACUCCACAGAAGGAAGACCCAUUUAUUUGGUUAUCAUUUCCGAUGAUUCAUCCGAUGAUACUAAACUGGCAACACUUAUUGAAGCGGGGUCUAAUGGAUGCGAUUGGAUGGCUAUCUCAACUGCACUAUUCCUGAUCGAUUUCCUCACAAAAAAUAACAGUUUGUCUAAAAUUAUGGAUUAUUUCAUUUUACCAUGUUCCAAUCCAGACGCAUAUCAUAAAACCAUGAAUAUUACUAACUCUUCCAAUCCAAAUAUACUGAUGAAUAUAGCAAAUAAUUUUCCAGUCACUCUCGGAUUAUUCAGUACAAAGUUCAUACAAACGGAAGACUUUCUCAAAGCAAUCAAGCUUUGGAAAGAAAAUUUCCAAUACAAGUUACCCGAGACUAUGGCUCUCCUGAAGGUUAUAGCCAAUUACCAAUUUGCAGUCAAGUUACUCAUUUCUUUACAAGAAAAUGGCGAACAAAUUGUAUAUCCAUUUGGUAUUUGCAGGGAAGAGGUUUUCGAUGCAGAGGAUUUGAAAAAAAUUGCCAAAUCAGGACAGAUGAUGAUUAAAAGACGGUGUUUUCAAGUAGGAUCUAUUUAUCAGUUGUGUGGUUUAACUUUUGGAUCACUUGUGGAUUAUCUUAAGAUUAGGCAGACGUCAAUUAAAUUCACAUACAUUUUGCAUCUCGGCAACAAAAAAGGUGACGCGGACCCCAAAAAUAUUUUGAGCUGUGGUGAAGAUAUACUGAACUGUAUUAAAAUAAUGGCAAAAAAUGUUUAUAUGUUUUACCAUAAAUCAGAUAAAAUGAACACAAAUAAUGAAUAAAUAAAUUGUUUUGAAUCCAUCCUCCA